AAAAUAUAGAGGACUAAAUUCAAGAAUUUUACAGGACCGAGACUUUGAGUCUGGAGGACAGGGUAAAAGCAGCACUGAUCAAGGACAUUCCCGAUUCAAGUCUGACUCGGACAAAGAUGAAAGGAUUGUUGAAAGGCAAGAACAAAAAAGUCAAAUUAGCUCCACUUAACAAACAACAAAUAAAUGAAGGUUAUGAUGAUGAUGACGAUUACGAUAAUUCAUUCCACCGAUCCUCCAAACUACCAGACAUACCACAUCAACGACCGGACCCAGUUGGGCGAACGUCAACACCUGACAAUUUGGAUAGAGAUAUGAGACGCCAUUAUAUAGACAGCGAAGAUGAAAUUGACGACUACUUUGAACAGAGCAGUCGUCCAGUUCCGAGACCACGUGCAAGAGAUGAUGCUAACUAUACAUACUAAACGAAUUUACACCUAUUCUGUCUUAAAAAUCACCUCAUCACUCAAACGUAUUGGUAUCAGUUGCAUAACAAAACAAGUUUCAUUUAACUUAAAAAAAGAUGAUUGUCCAAAUGGAAGUCUUAACAUCUUGAAAUUGUUAUAAUCCGA